CUUUCAAAUGUCAUUAGUUGCGACCGAUAGUGCGGUCAGAGUGCGCUGUCAGUCGUGAAAACGCUAUUUUGUUUGUGCUAGCUGCAAGAUUCUCGCGUUGUGCAUAUUAAAACGCAAUUAAUAUAAUUUCUACCGAGUAUAGCUUCGAAAAUCAUCAACAACCUGUUUCAUAAUAGUAGUGCACAGCUUUUAAUCAACAAUCAACAGCGCAUACAAAAAAGAGCUUCCUGUUACGUGAAGGGUGCAUUUGGGAAGGAAGCUAGAAGCAAGCAUCACGACGACGCCUACAAUGGAACAUAGUUAUACACGAGAUUUUCGCCUGCUGGAAAGCAGUCAAACCGCAACGACUCGAACACUGAUGAUACAUCGGCCGCCACAGUGUCCCUCAUGUCAUACGCAUUCGCACGAUGAGCGUAUUGAUUUGGAGGAGUCAUAUAAUCCACCGAUUCCGUCAUACAAUGAGGAAAGCGCACGGCGGGCUAUGCAGGAAAGUGAAAACAUUGUUGUUACCGCUAGAAACUCCGUGUCGGAUGAGGAAGAUUGGGAGGAGCGAGUAAACACGUUUGGAUGGACAGUACAACAGUUUAAGUUGUUCGAUCGUGUAGCGCGACUACUGGAUAUGGACCGGUUGGCAAGGCUUACAAACACGGAAAAACAACAUGAGCCAGUGCAUCGCCGAACGGUCAUUGAUAAAUCGGUUAGCCGGCUCAGGCAGGCACUGGCGAGUGUUUCGUGGGAAACCAGACUCACCCAGUGGCUUCAUAUGUUGCUGAUGGAAAAUCUGCCACCCUCAUAUUUGGCCAUUUACAUUGAUAUAUUGCAAACUCUGCACGCCAAACUGCCAUUGUUGGUGAACAAAAUGAUCUUUGGCAGCACCCUUAAUGUAGGCCAGGAGCUGCUGGGCCCGGUGCUCAAGAAGCCAUGGGAACCGAUAGUAUCACACAAAAAUCGAAAGCUGCCCGGUCAGCCGUACAUCGUUAUAGUGCCAUCGGUUCCCAAUUUCUCGCAACCGACUGCUCGCCAACAGAAGUGGUUUAGCCUGUUUGCCACGAUGUCUUCGGUGAUACCGAUACAAGGUUCACAAAACAAGACUAAUAUCGACAAACAAUCGCUACAACAUUUAGCAGAAAAUAUGGUAACAUCUACUCGCGCUAAAAUACAGCAUGUGCGCAGCAACACACCCAAUCGAUCCAUAAUUUUGGUUGGCUUUGAUGCUGGUUCCGCUAUUGCCCUUCAGAUCGGUUUGGUGGAGUCCGUAAGUUGUGUUAUUUGCUUGGGAUUUUCAUACAACACGUACAACGGAGUUCGUGGCACACCUGAUGAUCACAUUGUGGACAUUACUUGUCCUGUAUUAUUUGUCAUUGGUCAAAAUUCUGCUCGCGCCAGCCAUGAAGAAAUAGAAAUGCUGCGAGAUCGUAUGUCUACCCAAACGUCUCUGGUCGUGGUAGGAGCUGCAGACGAAUGUCUUCGUGUAUCUAAAACGAAGCGUAAAAUCGAAGGAGUUACCCAAUCGAUGGUAGAUAAUAUGGUUGCCGACGAGAUAGCAGAAUUUGCUACAAAUUGCUUAGUGAGUCCACCACGAACGAAACAAUCCGGUGUGGUUGGACAAUUCAUAAAUGGUGGAUUCCAACCGGAAACUCUCACUCAAGCGCAACGUAACGAAACCGAUCCUUCGGCACAACGAAAGCGAAAGCACGCCCAAGAUCCUAAGGCUGACUUUAAGCAGCAGAAAAAGUCACAAAAUCGACGACCAACCAAAUCCAGUCAACCGCCAGAGUUGAACCAAUCUAUUUCUCAGUCUUCGCAAGAUGCAUUGGACACAGCGAUUCAGAGCAUUUUGCCAACAACACCUGAGAAGCAAAUAAAGAGCGAGAAGAUAAUUCUACCGCUCGCAAAUAGCGACGAGGUGCUGAAAUAUGAGUCUGGCCCUACACAAAUUAUUUCCGCAAGGGCUAGCACACCCAUUGUACUUCCUGCGCUGAAACGAGAUUCGGCUCACACUACACUAUCCAGCGGAGUGCUGCAACAGCAGAGUAAUGUAAAUGUGAAGUUGAUCGAAUCUAAUCAGCUGAUUCACCUGAAACCAGCUACUGGAACAACGCAGAAAUUUUAUUCCAUCAAAUCAACCUCCAAACCAGUCGUAUCCGUGAUAGGAAAUGCAGGCCCGGGAGGGAACGAUAGUGGCAUAUCGUCAUCUGAUAUAAGUAGUCCGCCAAAGUUUACUAUCGUACGCAGCACGGGAUCUGCACCGACAGUUUUCAGCUCUACCGGAGAUAGUAAAGCUGCCAAGGAUCUGUCCGAGACAAACAUUUUUGACCUUCCCAUUGUAUUUGCCGAUAACGAUGGGGUUAUUCAAGAAGGUUCGCCAGAAAAGCCGAAGCAAGACAUUCGGCCAGCCAGUGUUGCGGCAACAACAACCGUUACAACAUUGGGAGGUUCUCCAUCGUCUGGAAAUGCAGAAACCAGUGCGAUUGCAGCGCAGCCGACUGGCAAUCGAUUUAUUACGCUGCAACAACCAUCCACGAGUAUGCCCCUAGCGAUUGGAAAGUCGAAACAGUUGGUUGUCAUUAAUAAGGGCACGCUAAAACCCGUCGAUCCCAGUAUGAUAAUGCCUGUGGGAACAAAAAUUACUCUGCCCGUAGCGGUUGCAUCGAGUGCUUCGCCAGCGAAUACUGCAGGCACGGUAGUAACAACUGGAGCAGGUGGUAGAGCCAAAUUUACGAAGGUGCUUUUGACCAAAUCCCUAACAAACCCAGGCUCCAGCAGUGGAGUAGUAAAGAAUUUGGGCGAGUUGCUUUCUGGCAGCAAAAUCGGGUUCGUAAACUGUCCUAGUGGUAGUGUGAAGCAAAACACUGUGACUGGGACUCCUGUGACCAUCAACGUCAUCAAUCCGUACAGUGGAAAUAAGCUACAGAAAACCUUGACAGGGAAAGAAUCAAUCAGCAGUGGCAUCGUGCAGGGUACACCGGUAUCCAGUGUCAGUACUACCGGUAGCAGCAUUCCGAUCACCGGAAGCAAUAAGAUUUUGAUCAAAACUACCACAUCGGCACUUUCCGCUGCGAGCGCUUCAUCUUCGAUGGUGGGACGGAAUUUAAUGCUGCAAAAGUUCAACAUUGUGUCCACGUCAACGGGCACAAAACAGAGUAACAGCAGUACAACACGGAAUACCGAUGGGACGCCAAAGGAAAAAAUGUUAACCGUAAGACCCAUGUUGGGUGCGCUUUCGCAAGUGAAGCCGAUGGCUCUGCAAACAAAACCACUGAACCGACCUUUUUGGGGCUGGGUGAACAUGAUGUUUAACCGUGUGGACCGUGCCAGACUGAAGAAGGUUGGUCCCGAUCGACUUUGCGCCGAAUGGCUGCUAAAGAAUGGAGCUAAAGCAAAAUUUGUCAAAGACAACCGAACACAUGUACACUUCAAUGCGCUGCCGGAAGAAUCGCUACCGGUACUAAUGGAAGAGCUCGAUGGAACAGAUUCGGGAAUAAUGCACAUCGGGUUCGAUCAUCUCGAAGGACUGACCCGGUUGAGGAAAGUGGUACUGCAUAACGGUGUGUACAUUGACGAUCAAGCGCUGUGGAAGCUGCGGUACGUAGCCAACACACUGGAAGAAUUACAAAUUUCCAAGUGUGGCAAUGUUACCGAUCACGGAUUAUUGCAACUGAAGCAGCUUACGAAGCUACAGCAUGUUAAAACCUUCGAUUUGCCGUAUGUGAAAAAUAUGCAGGAGGUGGAAAAAACGCUAAAGCAAGCACUUCCAAAUUGCAAAUUUGAGAUGAAUCCGUAAAAAGCUUAAAUAAAAGAACUAGUGAUCAUUUGAUA